GUCAACCCCAAACCCCGGGGCUAACCCCCGGUCAUCGAGCGAAUUAAUGGCCGGAAAUCCGCGGAGGGGCGCCGGUCUCAUCAACUUGAUGAAGGACGCCUUUCAGCCCCACCAGCAGCCUCUUCAGCCUCACCAGCCCGCAGUGGUCGAUAAGAAAAUGGUGGAGAAAUGCUGGAAGCUCAUGGAUAAGGUGGUGCGUUUAUGCCAAAACCCCAAGGUGGCGUUGAAGAACAGUCCACCCUACAUCCUCGACCUGCUGCCGGACACCUACCAGCACUUGCGCACCAUCCUGUCCCGAUACGAGGGCAAAAUGGAGAUUCUUGGGGAAAACGAGUAUUUUCGUGUAGUCGUCGACAACUUGACCAACAAGACGAAGCAGACCAUGAGCCUUUUUAAGGAGGCCAAGGAGAGGAUGUACGAGGAGAACUCCCAGCCCAGGCGUAACCUCACUAAGCUGUCGCUGAUCUUCAGCCACAUGCUAGCAGAGCUAAAAGCCAUCUUCCCCAAUGGCCUAUUUCAGGGUGACAACUUCAGGAUUACCAAAGCUGACGCUGCUGAAUUCUGGAGACGCUCUUUUGGUGACAAAACUAUUGUGCCGUGGAGGAUGUUUCGUCAGGCUCUUCAUGAGUUUCACCCCAUAAGUUCAGGAUUGGAGGCCAUGGCACUCAAAUCGACCAUCGACCUCACCUGCAACGACUACAUCUCUGUGUUUGAGUUCGACAUCUUCACCAGACUCUUUCAGCCGUGGUCGUCUCUUCUAAGGAACUGGAACAGUCUGGCAGUCACACAUCCUGGUUACAUGGCCUUCCUGACCUACGACGAGGUCAAGGCUCGACUGCAGAGAUUCAUCCACAAACCUGGCAGCUACAUCUUCAGGCUGAGCUGCACUCGGUUGGGCCAGUGGGCGAUCGGAUACGUGACAGCGGAUGGAAACAUCCUACAGACCAUUCCCCAUAACAAACCACUCUUCCAAGCUCUCAUUGACGGAUAUAGAGAGGGAUUCUAUCUUUUCCCAGACGGCCGUGCACAAAACCCAGACCUAACAGGCUUGUGUGAACCAUCUCCACAGGAUCACAUCAAAGUUACUCAGGAGCAGUAUGAGCUGUACUGUGAGAUGGGCUCCACUUUCCAGCUGUGUAAGAUCUGUGCAGAGAACGAUAAGGAUGUAAAGAUUGAGCCCUGCAGACACCUGAUGUGCACUUCCUGUCUGACUGCCUGGCAGAUUGCAGCCACUCACAGGGACAAGCCUCUACCUCCUCCUCCUGGCUUGAGAGAGCUCCCCCCUCCUCCCCCUCCUGAGCGACCCUCCCUCGCAGGCCAGGACUCCAGAUUCCAGAGGAGACCUCUGCCCUCCACCCCCGACCAGCCCGCCUGGGCUGACAACUACAUGGUCCCACGUCCUGCCACAAAGGCUCCGUCGAUUCUGUCCUCCGCCCCUCAGAGCGGUGGCACCAACGGAGAGGCGGCCAAACCUCAAGCCGUGACCAACGCCGUCUACUGCCUGGCUGCGAGGUCUCUGCCAUCCUCAGGGGUGUCGAGUGGAGAAAAGCCAUCAUCAGAUUCUGAGGAGAACGAGUACAUGAGUCCCACCUCCCUCCCAGUUUCCAGCACCCCCUGGGUCUUAUCAGGCUCCCUGGUGCCCCCACCACCAACCCAGACGACCAAUCACAAUGGCUUCAGUGAGGACGACGACUUGGACUCAGAAGACCCUCAAGUGUACGAAUCCAUGUUUAACAUCCAGAGUCAGGCCGGCUCCUGCGAGACGACGCAGACCUGCGACCUCGAGCACCCUCAGCAUCCAGCUGUGGGUCCCCAGGAGAAGGAGGACAUGGGUGUGGAGGAUGUUUAUGGGUAUGACUGCCCACGGCCGGUCGUCCCUCCUGCCCCCACCAGAAGAAACUUGUCUGACAUCAGCUGUCCCAUCGCAGCCUUCAACUCGCUCAGCAUAGAUGCUUCAGUAGAAGCUGGUACGUUUGCAGCUGCUGUUGAACUAGAACGUCCCCCCAGACCUCUCCCUCGCCGAGCCAACUCUGACCGACGGCCUCGACCAGUCAACCGUGACUUGUCCGCGCCGUUGCCAGAGCUCCCCGGUCCCUCCUCUGCCUCUCCCCCGCCUCUUCCUCCCCCCGCUCCUCCUCCUGCUGCUGCUGCCGGCUCUGGAAGCUUGGCUCUGAACGGGGAGAUCGAAUGCCUGAUGUCCCAGGGCUACUCCAUCCAGGACAUCCAGAAAGCCCUGAUGAUCGCUCAGAACAACCUGGAAACGGCCAAGAACAUCCUGCGCGAGUUCGUCUCCAUUCCCUCUGCGGCGCACAUCGCCACAUAGUCACUCCAGUCUCGCUCGUCCUCCGUGUCCCCCGUCUCUUGUCUCUGCUCUGUGCCAUCAUCAUGGACAGCAUUUACCAAGCACUUUCCUGCAGGGCCACCAGAGGGACUUACUCCGAAAGAAAUCAAAUCUGAAGACGGCAUCCAAAGUCAAUUGUAAUCAACUGCGUCAGGUAUUUGUUUCUCUAAAAAAAAAAAAGUUUUUGUGUGAAAACAGAUUAUUUAGAUUUUGUUGGAGAAGUGAAGCCUCAAAAAGACUUUCAGCCCCAACUUGGAGAUGUAAGGCUUCGACUAGUACCAGGAUACAUGGAAAAUGAAAGCCUGUAAACUGAAGCCAAGUUUUUCACCCUGCUGCACUAAGCUGGGGCUUAACAAGAGCUGUGGCAGACCCCCCCCCCUCCACCACCCCCC